GUAAUUUAAAGAAAUCUGUUAGAGGAGCAGCCUACCUAAAAAGAAUCAAUUUUAUGCAAAGUGUUUUAAGCUCUUCUAAGACAGGGGACACCUUAUUUGGAAAUAUAUUACCUACGAGUGAAGGGAUUAACAAACGUUUCAGAGAGCUUUCUUUAUUUUUCCAUCCUGAUAAAACGAACCAACCUAAUACUCCAUACUGGCUCAAUAAAAAUCACAAAGAUUUAGGCGCAAAGCAAUUCCAAAUUAUUCUAGAGCUUUGGAAGAUUUCGAUUGAUUAUCGCAAUGCAUCCAAAGGACAAUGGAAUAAACUCAAAAUAAUAAAAGUAGACGACAUUAGGGGCUUCUCUUCUGAAGAACUUGAACGCUUAAGCAUAGAUUAUGGAAUGUUUGCUUAUAAUGAAUACCGAGAAGCUUGUCAAUUUGCCGAUAAAUCAGGGCAACUAAAAAAACAAGUAGAAUUGCGGGGAAACAUGGCGUUAUGCUUAUAUGUUUCUAAAAAACUUAUCGAAGCUCAGUUAUAUGCAUUAUCUGCAAUUCAGUUACUACUUAAAAGUUCAGAAGCAACAGUUCAGGAUAUGAUUUCUGUAAGAAAAAUCUAUAAUAAAGUCAAAGGUGCGGAUGAAACCAAAGAAAGUAAUGAUAUUGGAUCAGGAAAUAAUUCCAAUAUUGAAUUAUCUUGUUUGAAAACAGAAAGAAAUUCAAUCUCUAUUUUUGAAAAGAAAACCCAUCAACGUCUAAAUGAAGAGGCUAUUAGAAAAUUGAGUUGGAAUCUAAUAAUGCCAGAUCAGGGUCUAGUUAGUUAUUACACGUCUGAAAAAGAGAUUACACGUGCUAAGACACAAACCAACUGGCAAUAUGGAAAGGGAAUGGGAUGGAUGUUAGGAUCUGCAUUGAAUAUUGGUAAUAAUUUAGCGUCUUUAUCAUUCAUAUAUUUUGUAGGAUUGUCUGCUGCUCCAAUAAGUAGUCCAAUUCUUCUUAUUUCAUUUUGUCUUGGAAUAAUAAGCUCUAUAGUCUAUUGGAAAAAAGGUCGUCAACUUUUUAACGAAGCAAAAAUUCGUACAAAUCUUAAUAGAAUAAUGACCAACGCAAUAGAAGCUUACAACAAAGGAAAGUAUCAGAAGUUUAUCAAAAUACUCUCCGAGGAAUAUAAGGAAGACACUUUUAUUUUAAAAUUAGAAAAAUCUGAUGACAUUAUUGAUCCCAAGGAGAUAAUAAAGUCGCUUAUAAAACAUGGUUUUCGGUCAGAUGGGAUUGCCUGUUUAUUAAAUUUGCUUGGCCUGGUAUUGGGUAGUGGCAGAAUAGAAGUUAAUGGGCUAACAACUCAAGAAUUAAUUAAUAUGGCGACUACUGUUUUUCGUGGAGUGCAGAGUGAAGAACUUCUAAAGGAAGCCAAAAAACUAGACGAACGUAUUCGUGAUUCGCGAAAGAAAUUCAUAUCAAAAAUUUUUCACUUUAUUUAUAAUGAAGAUGACGUGAAUAUUGAUGAAGAGAAGCCCUUCCAAUCAAGGCUAGAAGAAAUGCGUAAUGUUGCACUACUUAACAUUGCAAUUAUUGAUAUAUUAAUCAGUGGCAAGGAACAAAUAAAAAGAGCAAUAAGAACAAUUAUGGAAAUUCGGAACUUAAUUACUCAAGAUUAUAAAUUAUAUGACGUGAUUAAACAACGCUUGGAAGCUGUUGAGGAUUUAUUGUGGAUUGUCAGUGGCGAGAAACCGCCCGAAAAACUUCGAAUUACUAUUUAG